UAAAUAAAUAAAAAUCUUAAAAAAAAAAAAAAAAAAGAAGUUACAGCUCAAGUGGCCAGACGUGGAUUUCCUUGGAUGUAUCGUAUUUUAGAUUUGCUCAGCUCCUUGAAUCUAAGUCUCUGUCUUUUGCCUAAUUUGGGGAGUUUCAGCCAUCAUUUCUUUGAAUACUCUUUUCAACUGCUCGCCCCUGCCACUCUUCUUCUGGGACUCCGGUUAUGGGAACAGUGGCUCUUGUGUUGUUAUCCCACAGGUUCCUGAGCCUCUGUUCAGUUUUUUCCCCCAGUGUUGUGUUGUUGUUGUUGUUAAUAGGUUGAGUACUUUCUGUGGACCCAUCCGCAGCCUCACUGGGACAUCCUCUGUCAUUUCUGGCCACGGAUAAGCCACUCAGCAAGUGUUUCCUUUCAGUGAUUCUGUAUCAUAUUGUGGUUUUGGUUUGCUUCUGUGUUAUGUCUGUUUCUUUGCUGACAUUUUCCAUUUGCUACAAGAUAAACUGUUAUUCCUUACGGAACCUCUUCAAUUACGACUGAUUUAAAAUCCUUGUCAGAUAAUUCCAGCAUCUUCAGCUCAGUUUGGGCAUCAGUUGAUUACUCUUUCUUAUUCUAGUUGUGACUUUCCUGAGUCUUGGGUUCUUCCUUGAGUUUCCUGGUAUGACGUGAUUUUUUUUAUUGUCUCCUGAACAGUCAGGCUAUUAUGUUCACAUUUUGUAUUUUAGCAGGUGGUUAUCCUGUUUGGACUCAGCAGACAGAUCCUGAGCUACUCUAGUGGCCUGUGGUUUCAGUGACAGUGGACCGUGCAGAGGUCCCUGCUGGGCCAUCCUGGGCCUCUGGAUGGGGGCAGGGUAUCUGGCCGCUGAGAGGAGUACUUCCCCCCCACCCUUGGGGCCUCUCGGUGGGGCAGGGGGGCCAGUGAGCCGGGUGGGGAAGGAAUGGGCCUCUCCUUGAUCUUCCUGCCAGUUCUAGCAGACCCCACACACACACCCAGAGUCGUCAGUGGGACUCCAGCCCCACAUGGGGAUGAAUACGUCCACCUGGUCCUCUUCCUGGUGGCAGGCUGGGGGUCAGGAAACGUGGUCCUGGACCCCCUUAUGUCGGGCUGCUCUGUUGUUCCUCCAGCCCUGGGGACCCUCACCACAUCACCUCACUCUUUUCAUGUGUAAGAGUUCUGUUUUGGUUGUCUCUGAUUUCCUGCGUUUAUUGGUAGUCGGGAAAAGCAAAGAGACAAGCCUAGGCCAGCCACCUCAUCCAGACUAGAAGCCCCUCAGGGCAUGCUGAAGGGCUUUUGGUUGCUGGAAAGUGUGUGCAGGCCAGAUGGUAGGGGGUCGGCAGAGCAGUGGAAACUGUGAAGGACUCUGCUACGGCCACGGGCGAAGGGCCAUGGGAGGAGGCAACUUAGAAGAGCCUGGGAGGUGAGGAUGAAGGCGUGGGGGAAGGGAAGAACAGGAGGGUCCGCAUCAGGGGGGUGGAUGGACGGAUCUCGCGCACUUCCAGCGACUGAGAGGGGUGCAGGAUGCAGGGCUCAGGUGGGCGUGGCGGGGCUGGUGCCCAACGCAGGCAGGGAGCCAGCCCCGCGGUGCGUCCGGGACAGCGCCCGCGGGAGACAGGGUUGCGGAGAUUCCCCGCACCCCCCACGACAAUGAUCGCUCUGAUUCCCUGGCCCCGCCCAGCUCUGGGAUGGCGACAAUGGCCAUCUGUCUCCCGGAGCCGGAGCCUGGCACUGGGCGGGUGCGAGCGCGGGAGGGCCCGGGUGGAAGCAAGGGCACGGCUCAGGGAGGCUCGGGAGGGCUUGCAGCCCUGAGGUGUGGCGGAGGCGGGCGCCGAGGCGGAGGAAAGCGUGGUUCUCCUCUUCCUCCCGCCCCGGUGUCCGGGAGCCUAGCUGCGGGGCGCACGGGACCGGUCCGCCCGGCUCCCCCGGGACGGCCUUGCCCGCCGCGUUCCCGCCGCGCCGGCUCCGUUCUCCGGUUUCCAUGGAGCCGGGAGGCGGUUGCCACGGAGACCAACGUGCGACGGCCAGCCAAUCAGCGUGGAGCUGCGGCUCCAGCUCACCUCCUGGAUGGAGGCAAGGGGGACGCAGGAGGCCGGGCACCAGGACGGCGCCGCCACCUCCCCCAGGGCGCCGAGGCCCCUGCGCCCCGCGUGCCGACGACCCUCCCCAACCCCGCCUCUUCCAGGCCCGGCUUCGGGGUGAUGUUCCCUGGGGUCCGGCCAGCUUCCGACUGGCCCCCGAGCCCCCUCGCGUUCAGGGGGGAAUGCUGCGGGAAAGGCGGGGCCGCGCAGCGCGGAGGGAGGGCGCAGCCCCGGUCGGGGGAAGGAGGGAGGCCGCCCCCCCCCCCCCCCCCCCCCCCCCCCCCCCCCCGCCACGGCGCUCCGCAGUGCUUGGGGCGCACGCGCACGCUCACUCGGGGCGCCGGGCGGGCGGGGCGGUGCUGACGUCAUCCGAUGACCCACCCACCCCCUACCCCUGGCCGAGGGGCGGUGGCCGCGCAGGCUCCGCCGGACGGACGCACGGACAGACCGGGCACCGAGGGAAGGGCGCACGGUCAGGCCAUGCCCGGGGAGGCUGCCCGUGCCGAGCCGCUGCUGCCGGAGGCGGGCAGGCCCGGGCCCCGCACAGAGUCGUCCUGUGAUGUGGCCGCAGCCACCACCCCGAGAGGGGACCGGCUGGAGCACUGUGCCCUGACCCCCGGACCCAGCGCCCUGGCCCUGGAGUUUCUGCCCAGCAAGCCGGGCGCCCGGCCCCCGCCGGAGGGAGCCAGCUGGGAUGCAGGGCCGGGCGGCACCCCCUCGGCGUGGGCGGUGCCCGCAGAAGGCAGCCCCAGCCCGGGGUCCCCCGAGGCCCAGCCUGCCGGGGGUCCUCCCCCAGCCACCCUGGAGCCCCGGAUCGUGAUGGGUGAGGAGACCUGCCGGGCGCCCCCGCCAUCCAGGGCAGCCCUGCCAGAGCUCAGGGACCGGGAGGGUGGGCACCCCAGCCUGGACCCACCCCCCGAGGUGUGUUCUCAGGGUGACCCUCCUGUGCCUUGCCCUGCCCCAGACCCUGACCCCUACUUCACACCGCCCUCCACCCCCACCGAGAGCGCCUGUGGCCUGCUCCCUGGCCCCGGGCCCCGCAGGGAGGCCCGCGACGCCCCGGCUGAGCCAGGGGACUCGCCGCCCGCCUCACCCUCGGGCUCCUACAUCACGGCAGAUGGGGACAGCUGGGCCUCGUCCCCCUCCUGUUCCCUGAGCCUGCUGGCCCCGGCCGAAGGGCUGGACGUCCCCCCAGGCUGGGGCUUCUCCCCAGCGGGCUCGGUGGCUGACGAGGAGUUGUCUCCCACGGGGCCCGCCGGCCCCCCGACCCCGGAGUCCAGCGUCUCGGCCGACAGUAGCUCGUCCUGGGGCCAGGAGGGCCACUUCUCCGAGCUGGACUUCCUGGCCAACGACCCCAUGAUCCCCGCCGCCCUCCUGCCCUUCCGAGGCAGCCUCAUCGUCCAGGUGGAGGCCGUGGAGGUGACGCCGAGGGCCCCCGAGGACGAGCAGGAGGAGGGGGCCCCUGUCCCCGGAGGGGACCCAGCCGGGGAGGGCGAGGACGACAGCACGUUUGCGUCCUCCCUGCAGUCCCUGUCUGACCUCUCCAUCACCGAGGGCAUGGACGAGGCCUUCGCCUUCCGGGACGACACCUCGGCAGCCUCCUCCGACCCCGACUCGGCCUCCUACGCGGGGGCAGACGACGAGAGGCUGUACAGUGAGGAGCCCCACGCGCGGCCCGCUGCCCUGCGCCAGCACAGCCCUGGCGAGCCCGCUCCCGCCGCCCCCGAGCGGGGGGCCUGCCGAGCCACCGAGCGCCAGGAGCCGGGCGCCCAGGUCCCCGGGCCGGGCCAGGCCUCCGCCGCCGCCGCCGCCGCCACAUCCCCUCACACCCCGCGGGAAGCCCCAGGCCUCUCCGGGGGGAGCCCCCAGGCCUGGAGGGAGGAGGCAGGCUCCCUCUGGGGUCCAGCACCUGCUGCCCCGGGCAGAGCUCAGCCCUUAUGGGAGGAUGACAGCGCGGCCUUAGGCCCAGGCCCUUGGACCGCCCCGGAAGAGGGAGCCCUCACGCCAAGCCCAGAGUCUCUGCAGAAGCUGGAGAAAGAAGCAGGCCAGGACCCUGACUCUGUGGCCACACCCCUGCCCCUGCAGGACGCGGGCCUCCCCUCAGGCCAGGCGCCCACUUCUCUGGUCAGCCCUGUGCCCCAGCCGGGAGAAACAGACAGGACCUUACCCCAGGACUCUGACUCUGGGGCCACACCUCUGUCCCUGCAGGACGUGGGCCUCCCCUCAGACCAGGGGACCCCCACUGGGGCCAGGCUUGAGAUCCUGCAGAAGGGUGCAGGCUGCAUGCCAGGAAUCGAACCUGUGGUCACUGCAGCCCAGCACGAAGGACAAGUGACCUUGGAACUGAGGCCAGCACCUGAGGAGAGGGACACAAGCUGCACUGGAGGCCCGGAGCCUCCAGCCUGGGAGCAGGCCCAGCUGGAUGGCCUGGAGCCAGCUGCAGAUGCUGGGACACCCUGGGCCUCAUGGGGAACUGCAGGCGCCUCCAAGCCUCACAUGGAGGCCCUAGAUUCCCCCAAGCCUGCCACAGAGGCUGUGGAACGCCCUGGACCUGACACAGAGGCCACAAAUUGCCCCAAGCCUGUCACGGAAGCCCCAGAACACCCAGAACCUGCCACGGAGGCUGUAGAAUGCCUGGAGUCUGCCACAGAGGUCCUGGAAUACCCUGAGCCUGCCACAGAGGCCCCGGAACAUUCUGAGCCUGCCACGGGGGCCCUAGAAUGCCCAGAGCCUGCCACAGAAGCCCCGGAACAUUCUGAGCCUGCCACGGAGGCCCCGGAAUGCCCAGAGCUUGCCACAGAGGCCCCGGAACAUUGUGAGCCUGCCACAGAGGCCCCAGAAUGCCCAGAGCCUGCCACGGAGGCCCCGGAACAUUCUGAGCCUGCCACAGAGGCCCCGGAAUGCCCAGAGCUUGCCACAGAGGCCCCAGAACAUUCUGAGCCUGCCACGGAGGCCCCGGAACGCCCAGAGCCUGCCACGGAGGCCCCGGAACAUUCUGAGCCUGCCACGGAGGCCCCGGAAUGCCCAGAGCCUGCCACGGAGGCCCCGGAACGCCCAGAGCCUGCCACUGAGGCCCCGGAACAUUCUGAGCCUGCCACGGAGGCCCCGGAACGCCCAGAGCCUGCCACGGAGGCCCCGGAACAUUCUGAGCCUGCCACGGAGGCCCCGGAACGCCCAGAGCCUGCCACGGAGGCCCCGGAACAUUCUGAGCCUGCCACGGAGGCCCUGGAACGCCCAGAGCCUGCCACGGAGGCCCCGGAACGCCCAGAGCUUGCCACAGAGGCCCCGGAACAUUCUGAGCCUGCCACAGAAGCCCCAGAAUGCCCAGAGCCUGCCACGGAGGCCCCGGAACAUUCUGAGCCUGCCACGGAAGCCCCAGAACGCCCAGAGCCUGCCAUGGAGGCCCCGGAACAUUCUGAGCCUGCCACGGAGGCCCUGGAAUGCCCAGAGCCUGCCACGGAGGCCCCGGAACACCCAGAGCUUGCCACAGAGGCCCCGGAACAUUCUGAGCCUGCCACAGAAGCCCCAGAAUGCCCAGAGCCUGCCACGGAGGCCCCAGAAUGCCCAGAGCCUGCCAUGGAGGCCCCGGAACAUUCUGAGCCUGCCACAGAGGCCCCAGAAUGCCCAGAGCCUGCCACAGAGGCCCCAGAACAUUGUGAGCCUGCCAUGGAGGCCCUGGAAUGCCCAGAGCCUGCCACAGAGACCCCCGAACAUUGUGAGCCUGCCAGGGAGGCCCUGGAAUGUCCAGAGUCUACCACGGAGGCCCCGGAACAUUCUGAACCUGCCACAGAGGCCUCGGAAUGCCCAGAGCCUGCCACGGGGCCCCCGAAACGCCCAGAGCCUGCCACAGGGGUCCCAGAAUGCCCAGAACCUACCACGAAGGCCCUGGAACGCCCAGAGCCUGCCACAGAGGCCCCAGAACACCCAGAGCCUGUCACAGAGACCCCAGAACAUUCUGAGCCUGUCACGGAGGCCCCGGAAUGCCCAGAGCCUGCCACAGAGGCCCCAGAAUGCCCAGAGCCUGCCAUGGAGGCCCCAGAACGCCCAGAGCCUGCCACAGAGGCCCCAGAGUAUUCUAAGCCUGCCACAGAGGCCCCGGAAUGCCCAGAGUCUGCCGCAGAGGCCCCGGAGUAUUCUAAGCCUGCCACAGAGGCCCCGGAAUGCCCAGAGUCUGCCGCAGAGACUCCAGAACACCCAGAGCUUGCCACAGAGACCCCAGAAUACUCUGAGCCUGCCACAGAGGCCCCAGAACACCCAGAGCCUGCCACAGAGGCCCCGGAAUGCCCAGAGCCUGCCGCAGAGGCCCCAGAACACCCAGAGCCUGCCACAGAGACCCCAGAAUAUUCUGAGCCUGCCACGGAGGCCCCAGAAUGCCCAGAGCCUGCCACGGGGGCCCCAGAACGCCCAGAGCCUGUCACGGGGGCCCCAGAACAUUCUGAACCUGCCACAGUGGCCCCGGAAUGCCCAGAGCCUGCCACGGAGGCCCCGGAAUGCUCAGAGCCUGCCACGGGGGCCCCGGAACACCCAGAGCCUGCCACAGGGGCCGCAGAACGCCCAGAGCCUGCCACGGGGGCCCCAGAACACCAGGAGCCUGCCACGGGGGCCGCGGAAUGCCCAGAACCUGCCACGGGGGCCCCGGAAUGCCCAGAGCCUGCCACGGGGACCGCAGAAUGCCCAGAGCCUGCCGCAGGGACCGCAGAACACCCAGAGCCUGCCACAGAGGCCCCAGAAUGCCCAGAGCCUGCCACGGGGGCCUCAGAACAUUCUGAGCCCACCAUAGAGGCCUCAGAAUGCCCAGAGCCUGCCACGGAGGGCCCGAAAUGCCCCAAGUCUGCCACAAAAGCUCCAGAAUGCCCAGAGCCUGCCACAGGGCCCCCUAGGCCUGCCAUGGAGGCCACAGACCCACCCAAGCCUGCCUCCAUUGGAGAGGAAGUAGCUGAGGGCCUGUUGGCACCUGAGCAGGGAACCGGUCCCAGUGCCUGUGUGCGUGCUGGUGAUGGAGCCGAGCCCCACUUGCCCCUGGUGGAGGCCCCAGGGGGUGAGAAUCAAGGGGCUGGGGGCCUCGAGUCAGCACCCCGGGGUGCUAGGAAGGCUCCUGGGGAUAGUGGCCCAGAGGUACGUCCUGCUGCUCGCCCCGAGGUUGGCCCUACAUGGCCCCAGAGCCCAGCGGAGGAGGGAAGAGCCAACCCUGAGCCCAGGUCUCCCGUUGCUGUGGUCUCAGAAGCUGCGCUGGGCCCCUGCUCCGAGUUUCCACCGAGGUUCGUGCCCAGGCCUGGCAGGGGCUGCCCCAAAGAGCCUGCCCGCACCUCUCCAGCACCCUGUCGGCAGCCGGAGCCCGGGCCGGGCCCAGGCAGUGGAGAGUGGGCACAAGUAGCACCCAGAAGCCCCAGCUCGUCCCCAGCACGAGCCCCCAAAAGCCCUGCCAGGGGCCUGCCCAGUGUGCCCCAAGACAGGCUCCUCGUCCCAGAGCCCCCCGCUCCUGGGGUCCCCACAGAGGCAGCCCCGUGCCCCAUGGCACCCCUCGCCCCCUGCCCUUGCCAGGGCCCCAGGGAAGACUCGGAGGAGGGCAAGGAGCCCCCGGGCUCUCCGGGCUUCCAGCCGCCACAGGCAGGAGCCCAGCGGGCGGUGGCUGCCUUCUCAGGAACCACGAAACCUCCUGGGGCCGGGCAUCGGGUUGGCCUCCCAGCCCACUCCCCGAUCCUCAGCCCCAAGACGGCCCCCACGGGCGACACCCAUGCCAAAGACCAGGCCUGGCGGAUCUCGCCCCCCUGCCAAGUGCCUCCUGGCCCUCGAGGGCCCCCGGCCGCCGAGCAGCAAGAUGACCAGGACAGCCUGGAGGAAGACUCGCCGCCGAGGGCUCCGGGAUCCGGCCAGCACUCGGACAGCCACGGCGAGUCGUCUGCAGAGCUGGAGGAGCAGGACCUCUCAGGAGCGCAGACGGCGCAGUGCCCGGCCCAGUCCCCGGCAGGUGGCGGCAGCGAGGAGACCGUGGCCAAAGCCAAGCAGAGUCGUAGUGAGAAGAAAGCCCGAAAGGCUAUGUCCAAGCUGGGCCUGCGGCAAAUCCAGGGGGUCACCCGGAUCACUAUCCAGAAGUCCAAGAACAUCCUGUUUGUCAUCGCCAAGCCUGACGUCUUCAAGAGCCCAGCCUCGGACACCUACGUGGUCUUCGGCGAGGCCAAGAUCGAGGACCUGUCCCAGCAAGUGCACAGAGCUGCUGCUGAGAAGUUCAAAGUGCCCGCGGAGCCUUCCGCCCUGGUCCCCGAGUCCGCGCCCGGGCCGCUGGUGAGGCCCGAAUGCGAGGAGGAAGAGGAGGAGGAAGAGGAGGAGGAGGUGGAUGAGGCAGGGCUGGAGCUCCGUGACAUUGAGCUGGUGAUGGCGCAGGCCAACGUGUCGCGGGCCAGGGCGGUGCGGGCCCUGAGGGACAACCAGAGCGACAUCGUCAACGCCAUCAUGGAGCUCACCAUGUAGCCGCUGACCGCCAUCUGCCCGCACAGCUCCGUCCCUGCCCCCGGCUCUGCUGCUCAAUAAAUGGGUGUCUCCUCAUGGCCUCUGCUCUGGCUCCUACCUACCCGGGCGCGCGCUCCAGCCGAAAGGGGUUUGUGAAUGGGUGGAGACGCUUCCUGGGUCCGUGCAGAGCCCCAGGAGGGGGGGUCCUCCCUUCCAUGUCCCAGACGGCGGGGACCUGUUCCCCAUGUUCUCAAAGGCUG